AUGCUGAUGGGUCAUGCUGCAGCCCUGCCGAAGCUUGGGUCGGCGCAAAACCUGCCACUCUCCGAUCCCAUUUCCGAACUAGAUGUUGAUGAAAAUAUUGAUGAUCCUUCGAGAGUGUUAUAUACAGCUUCAUUUAACGAGCUUGCAUCCAAAAACGUUCAGUACGACACAAUUAUAUGGCUCUCGAUAUCUGUCCUGCUGGUUUUAGCAUGGGGUGUUGGGAUCAUUUUUCUGCUUUAUUUACCUUAUAGAAGAUAUGUGCUUCAGAAAGAUAUCGCAUCACGUAAACUCUAUGCCACGACAGAAGAAUUAGUAUACAAGGUCUCGAGGCCUUCAUUCGUACCAUUCUUGGGGGAAACAAAAAUCGAGAAGCGUAUACCUCUUUCCCUGAUAAUUGGUGUUAUAACAGAACAAGGUUGCUUGCAGUCGGUGUAUGGAUUACGUACCUUCAAAAUCGUAAGCAUUGCACAAGGGAAAGCAGCUCCCAUUGAUGAAUUACAGGUUCAAGGGGUUAGUGACCCUGGAUUUCUUAGGAAGGUAAUAGUAACACAGGCUUCAAAGGCUAUACAAGAUGCAGUUGGAAGCUGGAGUAAUAGCAGUCAAGUUACUGAAAGCGAAAGCAUGUCCCGUAUGGAAUCUUUAACUUUGGGUCCCGCAGUUUUGAGGUCACCAACACCAUCUAAAAGCUGGAAGACAGUAUUAUCUCCCCAUCAUGCUUUGCAGGAAGGCAAAGGUACCAUUCCUACAGAUCUUAUGCUUAGGAAGCUUGAAGAAGUUAACAAGUCGGUGAAGAAAAUCAAGUUUCUUGUCGAGAGAAAACAGGCUCCCACCGGAACAAGUAAGGAGAAUGUAUGA